AGUCUUGGGCACGGGGGCAAUGGUUCUCCGAUAGGAGCCAGUCUUGGGCACGGGGGCAAUGGUUCUCCGAUAGGAGCCAGUCUUGGGCACGGGGGCAAUGGUUCUCCGAUAGGCUCGUCGAGGGCAUACUCUCGGCAGAGCGAGUGUCGCAGUUCUACAGCAACUUCUACCCGCUGCUGCAGCCAGAUGAGGACUCUGCGCGGGCGAUGCUGAACAUUAGGAACCUCUUCAACCAGCAGAUCGAGUACAUCAUGCGGAAGAGCGGUCUGCGCGGCGGCCUAAAGGCCGAGCCCGCGGACCCCUACUGGAAGCAGGUGCGCUACCUCUUCCUGCAGAUGUGGGGCCUGAAGGAUGCGUAUAACCUGGUGGCAGAGGAGAAGGCCGUGCGGAGCAUCGACAUGGUGGACAUGUUCUUCAUCAACUCCCACGCGGAGCUCGGAGAGCUCAUCCAGGCUUACAGCCCUGAGGCUGUCGCCGCACGAACCAACGUCCAGGCGACCAAAGCGAAGCGAGCGAAGCGAGGCGGUUCUUUUCUGCAGCUGAACGAUGUGGAGCACGAGGCGAGCGCUUUGGAGGUGGACCGGGACUGGAAGCUGCGCCUGGCGAAGCGGGGCCAUUGUUCCGCGCUGGUUCGGCUGGCGCCCUCCAACGGAGAUCUGCUGGUGGGCCACACCACCUGGAGCGACUACAGCAAGAUGACGCGUGUCUUCAAGUACUACAAGUUCCACUUGCCGCUGUCCUUCCAAGCCAACGAGCUCAUCGGCCUGAGCUCAUACCCAGGAUGCGUGAGCAGCACUGACGACUUCUACAUGAUGGACAACGGCUUGACCGUGAUGGACACCUCCCUGGAGGUGCUGAACCCCAAGGUCUACGACCGCAUCCCAGAGGACCCCGACCAGCCAAGGCUUCCGCGGUUCCUGCACGUUAUGGCCGUGAACCGCGUGGCCAAGACAGGCACGCAGUGGACGUCUCUCCUGGCAUCCCAGAACCUGGGCACCGGGAACUCCCAGUGGGUGGUCGUGGACUACAACAGGUUUCUGCCGGGCCAGCCGCUGCGGGACAACGCCCUGCGGCUCUUGGAGCAGCUGCCGGGGCUGUCCCACCAGGCGGACCUGAGCUCGGAGCUGUCGGCGCGGGGGUACUGGGGCUCCUUCAACCGGCCCUUCUUCCAGGACAUUCGGCGGCUGUCCGGCCACGAGAGGGCUGAGGCGGCCUGGGGUGCGCUCUACUCCUUCGAGGCGGCACCCAGGGCGCAGCUGAUGCGGAGGUAUGGCUCCAGCAUCAGCGACCUCAGUGGCAUGCGCAGCACCAUGACGCGGAACGAUCCUUCGGACGCCACGCCCGGCAUGCCCAGCGGAGCCGGGCACGCCAUCAUGGCCCGCCUGGAUUUGGACGCGAUGGUGAACAACAUCCCCAACGGCGGAAUCGACGCCAAGGUGACAAGCGCCUGCCUCAUGAAGACCAUGAGGUGCCAGGCCGUGAGCGGGCCAUCCCACGGGACGCUGCCGCCCUUCCGCUGGAGCAAAGAGGCCAUCGACGGCAGCCGGACGGAGCUCUUUCAGGGCUGGCCUCACCUGGGCCUCCCGGAGCUCUGGGACUUCGGCUUCGUGGAGAUGAGCCCCCAGGAGACCGACGCCUCGACCAAGCUCAGCGAGUGCGUCGCCUGAGCGGCCCGAAGCGCGAAGCGGAAAAGCCUGGAGUGUUCCUCUGGGUGUCUCACAGUGAGUCCCAUG